UGCCGCUGGCUCACUGUAGCUGCUGGGUUAGCCCACUGCUGGUGACCACGGCAAGUGCCAGUAUCAAUUUUGUUCGGUUCAUAAAAGCAUCGCAGUAGCAACGGUUUUAUAGUGUGACGCAGACUAGUGAUCGUUGAGAGCAAAAUUCAAAUACAGUUUUACUAUAAACGCGCGUAGAUGAGUAAGCUGCAGUAGUAAAUUCAAAUAGAAAAAAAAAAAAAUUGCGCGCUGAAAAAACAAUAAAAUUAUAAAUUCAUAAAAAUAAAUAUACAAAAAAAAAUCAAUAUGAGUUAGUGAUCUGAGUAAUAAGCGAUAAUAAAUAAUAUCAACAAAAAAUUAAAUUUAAAAUAAUGUUAUUACUUCAAUGUGACGUUUGAAACACAAAGUGAAACUUUGACUUAAACUUAUGGUUUAUUCGUAAGAAUAUUAUAAUUGAGAUUAAGAAAGUGUCAGAUAAAUAUUUGUGAAAAUCAUCGAAAUUUUGCGCUAAAACGUGUUUGGCUAAUGAAAAUCUAUUUAAAUGAAAAGUGCAGAAUUUGUGUUGCCAGACGGUUUUAGUUGGAAGAUUACAAAACACUUCACAAUUAAAGCAAAUGCAAGUUCAAGUGUAAAAUACCGUUAGAAAACUCAUGUAAAAACACACGCUUGGUGGGCUCACCCCAGUGAAGUACAAUUUCUUGACUUACUUCGUUUUAAAAAUUCGCAAAGCUGAAGAUAAAAACUACGCCCAGUAAUCCUGCCGUCGCCGCCGUCGUUCCGAAUAGUAUUCCGCCAUUACAACAACAUUCCGGGAGAGUUCAUAACGGUGCAGACACCUACCACCUACCGACGCAGCCACCGUUGCUGGCUGUACCCAACAACACCAACGUGGCUGCCGUUGGUUGUCUUAGGUCCAUUUCUUCCGCCACCGUUUAUCCGAACGCCGCCAAAAUUGCUCCUUACCAAAGACGAAUGCAUAUGCCGGGCGCAUCGGCUGCAGUCUACAGCGGCGGUUCAUCGUCUGGCGGACUCGUCGGUCUCGGCAGUGGCGGUGUCGGUGGCGGUGGCGGCGGCGGCGGCGUUGCCGGUGUCGGCAUUGGCAUUGGUGUUGGUAUCGACGAUGCCGUCGGGCACAAUGUUUGCAAUUUGAUUGGCAAUGGCGCCGCCGCUAUGGCCACAUCGUGUACCUCGCCGAUGCGUUGGUGUGAAGCCGCUUCAGUGCCGCAAACGUUGCCACCCAGUAACGCGAGCAUUGGUAGUAGUUCACCCAUUGGCGGUGCUAGCAAUGGUACGGCGCAUAGUAGUAAUAGUAAUACGAAUAGUAGUAGCAAUAAUCAUAAUAAUGCUAACAACAAUAACAACCACAGUAGUGGUGGCAAUAAUGCUAGCUGUCAGGAUUUGUGGUGGACGGAGCGAAUGGUGGAGAUGGCACACGAGAAGUUUCCCAACGAAUUAGUACGCACCAGCAAUCCAUAUUUCUUAUGCUCCAAGCUGCCACCACAUUGGCGUGCCAACAAAACGCUACCCAACUCCUUCAAAGUGGUGGCACUUGUGGAGGUCGGCGACGGCACGACAGUGACGAUACGGGCCGGCAACGAUGAGAAUUGCAGUGCAGAGCUGAAGAACUGCCAGGCGACGAUGAAGGAGCAUGUGGCCAAGUUUAAUGAUCUGCGCUUUGUGGGACGCAGCGGACGAGGCAAAAGCUUUACGCUUACCAUCACCGUUCAUACGAGUCCAAUACAGGUGGCCACCUAUGCCAAAGCUAUUAAAGUCACCGUUGAUGGUCCGCGUGAACCGCGCUCCAAGACAAGUAAGUUGGUUGUUGCUGGCCAGGGCGGUCGUUCGGUGGCGAGUAGAAAGACACAAAUGACACGUAGAUAUUUUUCCUCCUCUAUCACUACUACUACUACUACACAUAGUUCCACAAACGCUUUAUACAAGUACGAGUUGCAAGUAAUGGACUCACAAACUCCAGCCGAACAAUACACACGAACAGCUGCAACGCCGUCGUCCAUUAAGUCCUGCCGUUCGUUAGAGCAGAGUGAUUGUGGUGAUCCCAUGAUGAAUAAUGGUCCUACCGGCGGUCUUCCAUUUCGCCCAGUAAGCAUCUUCGAUUCACCCUACCCGACACCGUUGCGUGAUUUCGAACCGCGUCGUCCCAUGCGCCAACCGCCGGCUGUGUCUUCCAGUACCAAUGUAUUGCAGCAAAACGCCAAUCACUCAUCGCCCAAUAGCAGUCGAACAAUAAAUAAUGAAAUAUAUAAACCAAAUGCGACAGAGAUAUCAGAAGCCAAUGCACUGAUGGGAGCCGCCGAUUGGACAACCGGUUAUUCGUCGUACAAUACAAGUGCCUAUUCGCCCUAUCGACCCCACAACCCCUACCAAUAUCCGCAUCACACACCGACUGCUGCCGCGCCCACCAAUCUGCCGCACUGUGGCUACGAUCCCAGCGUACCGACCACAUUAACCACCGACCAUGGUUUAACGGUACCCGGUAUGCUAACGGACAUGACUUCGCUAUGUGAUUAUCCACACAGCGGCAUGGCAACAGCCACUGGCACCUACAUGCCACAUGCGCAAGCGCCCAUUUGCAGUCCCAACCACUACGACGCCGGCAAAGGGGAACUGGAAACACUCAACACCACCUACCCCACAUACAAUAAUUUUGCCAACGGCUACAACAACUACAAUUAUAGCAGUUGCGCCGCACAAAGUGGCGGUUACCCGGGACAAGCGGCAGCCACCAUGGUGCUGUGUCCGAAAUUCUACUCACACACCGUUAAUCAGAAUGAGAUUCAUGUGCAUGUGCACGACAAUUCAUUGAUCAGUUCGCUGACAGGCUACCGAUCGAGCAUAGAGAUCGGCAUUGGUACAUCGGAUCAUGAAGCUAUGAGCGCACAAGGAUCGUCGCAGGCAUUACACGACGCCCAAAUGGGUGGUGGCAAUGGUGGCAGUGGAGGUGUGGUCACAGCGGCGGACGUCAGCAGCGCAGCAGCGAUCACGAGUACUGAGCACAAUCUCCAACAGCAACAACAGCAGCAGCAACAGCAUGACGCACAGUCGCAGGUGCAACAGCAACAACAACAAACACAUUUGGAUGUACCACAGAGUGAUGCGUCUGUGACGGGAGAGCAACACAGCGGCGCACGCAAUGUGGAUGUGGGCGAUUUGGGCAACGUCUGGCGUCCGUAUUGACCGGGCGGUGGUGGUGCAACCACGAGGUCUUACGUACUUGCACAUUGAACUGACCGGAAGCAAAAACCGAGGGAUUCAAUAUUUUUUUUACUUGUAAACAAGUAUAAUUUUUUUAAAAGUAUUUUUUUUUAAAUAUAUAUUUUUUUAAAUAAUUUUUUUUUUUUUAAUAUUUUUUGACAAAUAAUUUUUUUUUUUAUUGUAAUGUUAGUAUGUAUAGAGUAUAUACUAAAUAGCAUAUAAGCAUUUGUUUAUUCACUUUUAAAUGUUAAUGUAAAUACGUGUUAGGUAAUAACAAAGCAUAUUUAAAAUACAUAAUGAACUUACAUAUAUGUAUUGUAUAUACAUAUGUAUUUAUGUAAUUUAAUAUGUAUUGGCAUUUAAUAUUUAUUAAUUGUAAUGCAAUCGUCCAUAAAAGAGCUGAUGUACAAUAUCGCGUAAUUAAAUAUGGUAUACAUGAGUAUUUAACACACACAUAUACACGUACAUAAAUACACAUUGCGCAAAUGUUCAAGAAUUUUGUUAUUUACUUUAAAAUCGAUAAUAAGUGUUUACUCAUAAAUAUUAGUACAACUUGCAUUACAUUUACUUAACUAAAUGUAUAUUACAUGUAUACUCAUGUGUGUAUUAUAUAGCGUGUAAUUAAAUGAAAUUAAAAUGUUUAAUUAAAAAUUAAAUACAAAGUAAUGAUUACCGA